GAACAAGAAUUUAUGGAAGAUCCUCAGUUGUUCACGGCGCCAUCUUUUUCUCUUCCUCCCGGCUGCCGUUUCUUCCCCUCCGAUGAGCAGCUCCUCCGCUCCUACCUCUCCAACAAGACCUCCGCCACAAUUUUCCCCAAUUCGCCCCACAAUGGUGCUUCCGCCGCCUGCAACUUAAUCAAGGAGCUCGACCCGUUCGAUUACGAUCCAUUCGAUUUGCCGGAUUUCGCGUGUUUUUCUUAUGGCUCCAGUGGAAGAAAGAAGCACUGGUACUACUAUACUGCUACUGCUUUCAGGGAAAACAGGGGAGGACGGAUAAGAAUGAAGAGCGGGUACUGGAAAAGGAAGGGGAGAGUGAGGGAAGUGAUUGGCCAUCGAGGAAUUGUUCUCGGAAUCAAGAGGAGUUUCGUCUUCUAUUUGGGGAAUUCCAUAAAAAAUGCUGUAAAGACCAAUUGGAUCGUGUACGAGUAUGCCCUAGGCGAUCAUCUUAAGGCUUCUCUUGUAUUACAUCGUGUAUUUCUAAGUAGUCGGGGAAAUAGCAUUUUGGAAAAUGGCUUAAGUUCUUAUGGUGAAGGAAGUGUCUCAGAAGUAUGUCAUAAUCAGCGUGAUGGAAUCGGAGCAACUAAUAUGGUUGAUGCUGAGGCAUGUGAAGGAGAUAUUUUGAACACAGUCAAUGGCCACACUAGAUAUGAAAUGGGACUGGGACAGGCUAUGAAGCCAAAUUGUCAAGUUAUUACUGAUCCUGAUUCUGCUACUACCACUUUACAAGUUCCAUCAGAAGCUUAUCCUUGCGAGAUGGCUUAUUCUUGCCUGACAUUAAAUUCCAGAUGGGAUUUAAAUUCCUCAGGAAAGCGACACCGUCUAGUUAUUGAACCAUCUCUUAAAUGGAAAAGAAACUCAUUCAUGGAGUUAGCAAGAUUGGAUGGCGGAGCAGAUUACCAGUUAAGUGGAUGUAAAUUUGCAAUGGGCCAAAUGUUUGGAAUUUUUCUCCUGAUGAACAUGGAGAUGUCGGUUUAUUCACCGAAAUGGGACGGAGGACAUGAAUGUAGGUGGAAUUGAUGCUUUGUUGUGUAUAUAAUGUUGAUGUUCUUCCGUUAACCAUGAAUCUUAUAUUUAUGCUAUUUAUGUUAACAUUA